AUGCCUUUAUCAAAGCACAUCAACACUGAGAAACUCAUUUCUGAUUCACGCGAUGACGCCAGAAGCCUCGUAGAAAGGGCAUCCGGUGAAGAAGCUCGAAAGUACACCUCUAGAAGAUACGGUCAAGCGCCUCUUCCUAAGUACGAAUUCCCCUCUACCGGUGUCGAUGAUAAUGUCGCGUACCAGCUCAUUCACGACGAGCUAAAUGGUGACAGUACACCAUUCCUCAAUCUCGCGUCAUUCGUCACCACUCGAAUGUCCUCUUUGGGGCAAAAGUUGGUUGAUGAAAAUAUCAACAAGAACAUUGCAGACCAGGACCAAUACAAGUCUUCAUUUGAGCUGCAGAACCGUGUUAUAAGCAUGAUGUCAGACCUAUGGAAAGUUCCAAAGGACGGCUCCUGCUCAGCUGUCGGUACCGUGACCGCUGGAUCAAGUGAAGGGCUUCUUAUGGGCGUUUUGGCUUUGAAAAAGCUCUGGCAAGGCAAAGUAAUAGCAGAGAAUGCUGCGCUUGAAUCUGCGCAAGCAAAUAGUCAAAAUGUCUCAAAUACGACACCUGCUACACAAAAGCAUAAAACCCCACGCAGCUUCAAAGAACCAGGUGGAAAUAUGAUUUUCGCGUCAUCUGCUCAUUGCUGCGUAGAGAAGGCUGCCAGAUAUUUCGACUUGGAAGCGAGAAUCGUCCCAAUAGGCGAAAAAAGCUCUGAAAAAGGUGAAGGUAGCCGUUACACUCUUGAUCCCGAAGCAAUUCCGGACCUUGUGGAUGAGAAUACCAUCGGAGUGGUAGUCAUCGCAGGCAGUACAUAUACAGGCCACAUUGAGGACGUCAUUGGUGUGAACAAAGUGUUAGAUAGAGUCCAAAAAGAGCGUGGAUUCGACAUUCCUAUCCACGUAGAUGCUGCCUCAGGUGGAUUCGUCCUGCCAUUUGCUUUCCCUAAGCACAAGUGGGCAUUUGACGUACCUCGCGUUCACUCCAUAAACAGCUCAGGUCAUAAAUACGGUGGUACAUACGUUGGCUCAGGUAUCGUCAUCUGGAAAGACGAGAAGCUCUUACCGAAGGAGCUCGUAUUCGAAAUGCACUAUCUUGGUUCAACUGAGCUUUCAUUCACGCUCAAUUUCUCGCGUCCAGCAGCUCCAGUGAUUGCGCAAUACUACAACUUUAUUAAUCUAGGCUAUGAAGGUUACUGUUCGAUCUUGCAAAAUGACUUUUCUAAUGCGCGUAUUCUCGCACGUGCCCUCGAAAAAAGCGGCUACUUCGAGGUGCUAUCUGACAAUCAUCGCCUCGAUCCCAACAGCGAUGUCAAGGAUAACCAGCUCGCUGAAGCAUACGCACCUUCUCUCCCAGUCGUUGCCUUUAGAUGGACCGACAAGUUCAGAGAAGAACACCCUUACCUCGAGCAGAAAUGGGUGCAAAUUUUGAUGAAGACAAAGGGUUGGAUCUUGCCAAAUUAUGGAAUGAGUGAGAACUUGACAUCUGUAGAGAUUAUCAGAGCAGUAAUGAGAGAGGAGAUGAGUGAAGACAUGCUAGACAUCCUCGUGAAGGACCUCAUUGAAGUGCAAGAAGCGCUCACGGACGACAGCUCUGACUUUUAUAAACUCGCUCUCACCAGCUCGGGCAAAAAGCCAUCUACAAAGCAACCCUCUGAAGAUACACGUGAGGAAAAGAAAGAAGAUGAUGCUCACCAAGGCUACUCGCGUCCAUGCUAA